AUGGUCGUAAAUGUCUAAUUGAAGCAUCACUUAGACAUUACAAAAAGAAUAAAAUGUAAUAAUAAAUAGAAAUCGAAAACUAACAAUGGAGUUUUGAAAUAAUUUCAAUCAGAAUAUGUUUAUAGCAAUAGAACCAAUGUAAGAUGGAACGUACAACUCCAGCCAAAUGUAUGUGAACUUUGUCCUCUGCAUAUUGGUCGCUUGUAUACUUUAUACGUAUAGGCGUCACGAGAGACAAUUCACAGCCACCACCUCUGCCAUACAAGAGAUAUGGUCGGGAAGCUGCCGACUUUCCUGUCGCAAGACCGGGAGAAUCGAUUCUCCAGAUCGAGUGUACAACGACAAGUAUGCUGAUCAAGAUGGAGCAUCGAGUAGUCACGCUGAACCUAAUAAUAAUUGCAUUUGUGAAUCGUGUCCUUGCGGCUUGCUGGAAAACGUAAUACGGUGAAUGGUUUAUCAUUAACAUCUCGUAUCUUCUUCAUCCUUAUAUCAAUAGUCCAUUGCUGGCUUCUAACACAAUGGGAAGAAUCAUACGUGGUAGAGCCACGCUGCAGCUAUAUUAUGGUUAUAGCACGAAUGGGUCGGCUCGGCUCACUGAAUACCAGCGUAAAACAGUAGCUUAAUAUUGCUGUGUUUUGUAUGGUGAGUGUAGAGAACCGGAGGCACUUCUUACUGGAAACGAGGCAUUCCAUCUCACUCCUCAGCUCUGCUAGCAUGGGCAGGAGAUAAUUUUAUCCCCGGGGAAAGGAGAAAAUGUUUAUCCCCUCGCUUAGUUUUAUCCAUCCUUCGAGCAUGGGCGCACCGGUGGAUAUAAUAUCCACAUUAGAUAAACUGGGAGAUAGACUUAGACUUCGAUAGAUGUCUAGAUAGAUGCUACGGACGGGGAUAUAUGUCUACUCGUUAUGUCAAAUGGGAAUAUACUUCUCCCCGUUGCCGUGCUUCUGCAUAGGGACAAGAUAAUUUUAUCUCUUAUCAGUGGAUAUAAUUGGGGGAUACAUUUUUUGUUUCCAGCCCAUGCUAGCCGUGCAGGGGUGAUAACGCAUCUGCAUUUUGAUUCUUAAUCGGGAUUAAAUGUAGAUGUCUAUGGGCCACAGCAUCCAACCUACUAUCAGGUUGACUGUGUUCUGGUUUAUCAUCUUUAUUCUAUGAAAAAAAUGACAUAAUUAGAAUUUUUACACGUUCGACUGUUUUAUAUCGCUGGUCUGUAUAUUUUAGAUCUAGCAUAGUUGCUAGCGUAAUUACAAAUCUUAAGUGACAAACAAACUUUCAGACCACCUGAUUGUUAGUGGCUACUGUGGUCAAUCGACUCCAGGCGCAAAUUCAAACACGGAAGACUUCUGUACUGGCUCUUUGUACUCUGCAGACUAGUACGAUCAGUUGCCGUGUGAUGGCUGUAUAAGAAGGCUCAUCACUCCAUUACGACCCAACGGUGACAUCAGAGGCUUCUAUGGAAUAUAACGGAAAAUUCCGGUUAUUCCGUUUAUACACCCCAGGGUGGAUACUCGGAAACGCAUCUACUUGUCCACCUCGUUUGGGGUGGAUGAUCGGAAUUAACUUUUGAUUGUUCUUUCGACUUCUUACCCCAAGUACAGUUAAGAUAUUAACAAUAAAUAUACUCAUGCAUUUUAAUUUUUAAUUUAUUUUAAUAAGUAUAAACUUAAACAAAAAUAAUAUUACGUAUUGCAUAUAAAUCAAAUGUCCUAGUUUUAAAUAAUAUUAUUAGGUACUUUAUAAAUUCUGCAAUAUGUCCAGGUAACCAUCAAAACUAAUUUCAUUAUUGAAUAGACGUAAUUUUAUAUCCUGGAUAAAUUCGUAUCUUUCAAUGUAUCUACGCUUGCAAUAGUUUUUUGUGUUUAUUUGCUACAACAGAUGUGUUAGCGAAAAUCUGGGCGUUUCUGCAAGCAUUUCAAAUCUCUGCUAAAUUUGGAUGUUUGUCUUGAACUUAAUAUAAUUUUAAUUGUUUUAUGCUAAGAUUCCAGUGAAUUUAUAUUCUUGUGACGCUCUCCUUUUAUUUCUGCUUUGAUCUUUGAAAUAAGAAAUAUGUAUAUAUUUUGAUAGGUGUGCUAAUGUUUACUAAGUAUCUUGGGCCAGUUUUUAUCAUGUUUCUGUAAGUUACAGUGCACAGCUGGCUGAGAAAAUCGGAAGAAAAAUGAUAUAUGAAUUCCGAUUAUCCACCCCGUCUAGAGUGGAUAAAUGAACACGCGUUUCCGGACUUCCAGCCUAGGGUGGCUGCUCCAUGGUAGAUAAACGGGAUAACCGAAAAAUUUUCGUGAUUUUCAUCAUCAGUUCUACCGAACAUCACAUCUAUCGAGAGGAAGCAGCGUCAAAAGUACAAUACGCUUUGUUCUGCCAAGUGUGGCGAGUAAAGUAGAUCCAAAUCCUAAAGUUAAGAAGAAAAGAAGAAAAAAAAAUGUGGGAGUGGCCCUUGUCCAGCAGUUGGUCUUUACGAACCGAAAAAGAAAAAGUUGAAGAUACAAAGGACAGUUAUUUUGCUAUCAUUAUAGACACUAUUUAGAUGAUUCCUACAACCGAUGGGAUGAAAAGAAGUUCUCAAACGAGCCAUAAACCACCUCAGUAAAGAUUGUUGGAGCAAAGAAUUGUACAAUUCAUUUCUCCAAUGCUUGAUAGUGAACAUCACAAGUCAUCAAACUUCUAAUAACUUUGAAUUCCACAAGGAAACAUAUUUUUUCACAUGUUUUUCAUUCUCACAAACCAGCUCUUAAAAUUUCAAUUAACAACUCAGUGCUAGCGGCGUUCUUCUCCCUGCUUUAAACUCUCCCGGUAAAUGAGAGAACCCAGCAUUGCAAAAUAUAACUCUGUUGUUUUAGAUGAAAUUUUUUUACCGGAUAUGUAUUUAAAACCUACUUGAACAUCGUAACAUCCUGACUUAGUUUUCUCACUUCUAUCAUAUCCAUAUAUCUGUGCAUACAUACGCGUCAAUUUAGGUUAUUCUUAAUUUGGCCCAUCUUUAUUAAAUCGUUAAUUUGCUCGAUACACUUUCACUCUGUCAAUCACUUCUGCAUGCAUAAAUUUGCAUUUUCUCUCUUUGCAAGUAAUUUUUUUCUGCGUAUCCACCGAAGCAUUCCUUUCUUAUUACUUGUUAGAUAUUUUACCAACCGCCUUAUUGUAAUUAUAUAUAACUCCCUCUUCGCUUGCUGAAACUUGUGACGUGUAGACAAACGUGUACUAAUAUCGAUCUUUAAAAUUACACAAAUAUUGUAGUAACUAGCUGACCCGGCGAACUCCGUACCGCAAUGUUACCAUCGUAUAAAUAUUGAUAAAUAUUUAUACGAUACGAUACUAUACGAUACGAUAUAAUAUUUAUACGAUACUAACGUCACUCAAUUGUUUUGCCUUCCCGGAACCUCUCCACUAACACAUAAACUUUAUGGUAUGGUAUUAAAGUUCAAAUUGACUUUUAAGUAUUAUUACGAAUCUUUUGUAUGGGCAUAUAGUAAAGUGUUGUUUUUAGACUUUUUCAGGCAAUUUUUUAAAUUUUUUUCUCCGUAAGAACCAUCUUUGUACUUCAAGGAAUAUUAUAAAAAAAGAAUUAGCAAAAUCGGAUCAGUUGCUCUCAAGACCUGCGCUUAGCAACACAUUCAGCGAUUCGUUUUUAUAUUAUAAGAUAACAUUAAAACAAUCGGUUUAAUAUACGUGACUUUCACUGAAAAUACGCGAACUCUAGUCUCCUACAAAUAACAAUCCUCCGAGCCGGAUUUGUACCAGCGACCUAUCUGAUAAUCUUCUUGCAAACCUUACCAUUCUCAUGCUUCUUCUGUUACACCCAACUAUCACUACUAUUAUUAUUUAUGCCACUAACACAGUAUGGUAAAUGAAACUAAAUUUUACUGAUUUUAUCUCAUUUAUUAUAACUUUAUAAUUCCCAAAGAUUUGGGUGCUUUACACCACCCGUGGUCAGUCACGGGGGGGGGGGGGGGGGACUGAGGUGUUUAAAGUCCCGAUGUCAUAGUUAGCCCAGUUACCUUCAGUUUUUGAAUAUAAAUUUUUGGUCCGAUCUACGCAGAAUGAGUUUACAUUAAAACCAACGUCGGGAAUUAAAAAGUUAAAUUGAACGCGAUAAAAUCCGUAAAAAUGAGUUACAUUUAAUGUGUAGACUUCGCGUAAAUAUAAGAAAUCAUUACAGUAUGGUAAAUUGUCAUACGCGUCUUUUUAGACAUAGAUCCUGACUUCGCGCAUCACAGUGAAGAGCCCCAUUCCUUACCUACUUAAAGUAAAAGUUAUAAUUUUUUCAGGUCCUGUACUCCUGCCACGGAAAUGUAUACGAGCAUCAUGCGAACAAUUUUCCAGGCGUAUUACAAUUUUAUAAAAAUGUGCACAGAACUUUACGAUCAAGUUUUCAACUCUGAGCAGAAUGAAGACUCGAUCCGAACGUCCAUUCAGUUAACCGCUACAAAGUAUUUAAAGCCAACAACAAAUUUCACUUUCGACGAAUCAGCGAAAGUUAAAGUUAAAAGAGUAACACUGAAUAAAUUAGAUGCACCACCGCGGAAGCACGAUGAAGAAAUUGUUUUCGGUACCGAGCCCGGAACAAGUGGGACCAAUCAAAGUAACAAUGAAGUGCAGAGUCCAGCGAAAGCGAUCGUCCAGUUUGAAACAGUCGACGCAAUCGUCGGAAGCGACUGUCCAGCGUGUGUGGAAAAGGGGGUGUCUUGUAUCGGCAGGUGCACUGCCGAUCGCAAAAAUAAAGAAUAAAGACCUUGAAUAG